AUGAUACUGCUUCAUCGCCCCUUCCUCAAAUCGACUGAUUCUUCCCGGGAGUUCGCCUUGUCCGCAGCAGGCCAAUCAGAUGUCCACACGGUGGCGUGCCGCAAAGCUGCUCAAUGGGUAGCUAGGAUCUUUCGGAUAUACAAGAAAAAUUUCUCUCUCCGCACAAUACCGAUAUCUGCGGUACAUUGCGCCUUCACGGCCGCUGUGAUAUUCCUGGCAGAUGCCACGUCUGGGGACAGUGAGCUUCGACAAGAGUCUCUGAAGGACCUCGAGACUUGUUUCGACAGCUUGCAGAGCAUGAGUAUUGCAUGGGGAUGGAGCAAGCGUGCCAUAUCUGCGUUGCAACAGAUCGCUAGACGGUGGGACGUCAAGAUAACCAGCACAGAGGGAACUUGUGUUUUGGACGAGACAGCCAGCUGUCCGCCCGAUGGGGAUGACGAAGACUCCUUUCCCCGUCUUCUUUCGGAAGCGACCGCGCAGCAAUCGGCGGACAGUUGGUUAGACCUGGGUCCUUGCUUGAAUCACCCUGCAGAGUGA